CACGCAUAAAUAGGAGCGUGGCUCUGUAGCCAGCUCCAGAAGCACCUGAGAUCAGUGGCCAGCAGUAGUACACAGGGACACAGACUUCACUUCAACACAACACACAGCACGCAUUCACUCAGUGCAUCCGACCACACAGAGCAGCCAGAGACCUAAGCUCCACAGCCUCAGAGAUUGACCAGACAGAGACAGAGACAGAGACAGAGACAGAGACAGAGACAGGCAGGAGGAAGACCUUUUUGACUCAAAACAACAAAAACAAGAAAAACCAAACCAAGCCAGUCGACCACCCACCAUGGACGUGAAGGACAAGUCUCAGGUGCGCAUGCGCCUGGUGUUCCUGGGGGCAGCCGGCGUGGGCAAGACCGCCCUGAUCCAGCGCUUCCUGGCGGACACCUUCGAGCCCAAGCACCGGCGCACGGUCGAGGAGCUCCACAGCAAGGAGUACGAGGUCGGCGGCCUGAAGGUGACCGUGGAGAUCAUGGACACCAGCGGCAGCUACUCCUUCCCGGCCAUGCGCAAGCUCAGCAUCCAGAGCAGCGACGCCUUCGCCCUGGUCUACGCCAUCGACGACCCCGAGUCGCUGGAGGCCGUCAAGAGCCUGCGCGACGAGAUCCUGGAGGUCAAGGCGGACAAGUACACGCCCAUCGUGGUGGUGGGCAACAAGGCGGACCGCGAGAGCGAGCGCCGGGUGCCCGCCGAGGGCGUGCUCUCCACCGUGGAGCUGGACUGGAACAGCAGCUUCCUGGAGGCCUCGGCCAAGGACAACGACAACGUGGUGGAGGUGUUCCGCGAGCUGCUGGAGCAGGCCAACGUGCCGAGCCGCGUCAGCCCAGCGCUUCGACGCCGCCGCGAGACCAUCCCCAAGGACAACGGGCUCCGGCCGCCCAUGAACAAGACCAACAGCUGCAGCGUCUCGUAAAAACGGGAGAGAGGGGGGAGGGAGCAGCCCGGAGAGAGGGAACCGGGGGCAGAGGAGGAAGAAGAAGAGGAA